AUGCAGUCGACGGGGGACGCGCUGUGCCGCUUCGAGUCGCACGUGAGCGGCAAGCAGCACAGGGGCUGCGAGCGAGUGCGAGCAGCACUAGCAGCACUGAAGGAGACAGAAGCAAAAAGGGCUUCGGUUCUGGAGAAGUUCAAGACGAAAGCAGCAGAAGUUGCUGCUGCUGGGCGGCUUGCUGCGCGUCGCGAGCGGGAGCGGGAGCGGGAGCGGGAGCGGUCGCGGGAUCGCUCGCAGGAGCGGGGCGCGCACAGGUACCGCGGCGGCAGCAGCAGCGCUGCUGCUGCUGCUGCUGCUGCUGCUGCCGCCUACGGAGACGCUGCUGCUGCUUACAGGGACAAGAGGGACGGCUUCCGGAGAGACAGGAGAGACAGGGACUGCAGCAGCAGAGACAGGCUCCGCAGCGGGGAGCGGGAUCGCUCCCGCUACUCCAGCUACCGAUCCCGGGAUCGGGAUCGCCGGUCCCGGGAUCGGGAUCGCCGGUCCCGGGAUCGGGACCGCUCCCGGGAUCGAUCCCGGGACCGCGAGCGCUCGCGAUCCCGGGAUCGGGAUCGCUCCCCACACAGACACCGGGAUCGGUCCCGCGAGGCCCGCCACCGCAGCAACGGGUCCCAGUACCCCGACAGCCACAGAGAAGCAGCAGCAGCAGCAGCAGCAGCAGCAAGUGAAAGCAGGGGAGACCCCAGAAACGCCCUCCACAACUUCGUGCACAGCAGCAGCAGCGGGAGAGCGAACAACCACGACUGA